AUGUUUGAGUUAUAUUUGGGCAUGACUUUAUUCCAAACUCAUGACAACCGAGAGCAUUUGGCUAUGAUGGAACGAAUCCUGGGAACUAUUCCUUACCGAAUGUGUCGAAAAUCGAAGACGAAAUACUUCUAUCAUGGUCGUUUGGAUUGGAACGAGAAAACACAGGCAGGAGCUUAUGUGAGAGAGCAUUGCAAACCGCUUAUUCGUUAUAUGAAGUCGAACGAUGCGGAAGAUAUGGAGUUAUAUGAUAUAAUAACAAGAAUGCUGGAAUAUGAACCAUCACACCGAAUGACAUUGGACGAUGCACUUGAUCACGCUUAUUUCAAACGCCUUCCUCCUCAUCUCAGAUAUCACGAACAAGAUAAAAUAGUGACAGCGAACGGGUCAUCGUCAAGGGCGGGUAGUGGAGGCAGUGGGGAUAAAUGA